AUGGCGAAGGAGCAACAGACAAUUGUACCCGAUAUUCCUGCGUCAGCAGAAGGCAUCAAGCGCAUCGGACCAUCAAAUCGUGAAGGCGAAAGUACAAGUCCCCCUCAAAUCUAUACUCAGUCAACAGCAGAGAGCAUUGAGCAUGCCUUUUCCAUACCCUCGACUCACACGCGAUCGAAUGUGCCGACUGUACUGAGGCUUGCGUGGGCUGUCGUUCUGGCUGCCUACCAGAAUUUGUCUGAAGUAUCUUACACCACCAAUCUUGCAGAAAGCGAAGGAAACGCCGCAGGGGGGUCAAAGCAAGGCAUUGAGGGGUGUCAUCAGCUCGCCGUUCAUGUUGAGGAGGACAAAAGCGUGGUAGAAUUGCUCAACAAUGUGCAGAGCAGCUGCUCUAUGCGACUCGGGCUGAUCUUACCGGAUGACCCCGGGGCUAUACCUGUAGGUCAGUGGAGGUCUCUGCUCAGCAUUGGUGAAGUUGGUGAAGCAAUAAGAAACGCACCAGCUGGAUUUCAGAUCCAGUUGACAUGCCAUCCCACGCCAUCAGCGAUUACUGUCCGCGCCCAUAUCGAUGAAGGCCAAUUCGAGUCCGAAAUGAUGCGCAUGAUGCUAUACCAGCUGGCGUGGACCACGCAACAGAUUCUCGAGGGCUGUUCUUCUGUGAAGAAGUUGAAGAUCAUCAGCCCCGAGGGAUUGCAGCUUCUCCAGACGUGGAACGCUACGACUCCAGCACCAGUCAAUACUUGCGUCCACGAGAUGAUUCUAUCACACUGUGUUAGCACUCCGGAUCACUCCGCCGUGUGUGCUUGGGAUGGUCGUCUCACGUACAAGGACCUGGACGAUCUGUCUCAACGAGUUGCCUCGCACCUGGUGGCACGCGGCGCUGGCCCUGAGAGAUUCAUUCCUGUCCUGCUUGAAAAGUCUCUGUGGACACCAGUGGCCAUUCUGGGUAUUCUUCGUGCCGGUUCGGCCUUCUUGCUUCUCGAUCCGCGGGUGCCUACUUCUCGCCUGCUUUCGCAGUGUCACGAUGUCGGUGCGACAAUUGUCCUCACCUCGCCUGGACUCUCUCAUAUCGCUGCUGCACUCGAAUUGGAUGCGGUAUUCUUGUCGAAUGCUCAGAUCAACACCUGGUUCGACGGUGGGAAAGCAACGACCAGGCUCCCCAGCUGCCACCCUCAUCAAGCACUCUAUGCUGUGUUCACCUCUGGCUCGACAGGUCAACCCAAGGGAGUCGUCAUUCAGCACUUCUCCUUCUGUACCAGCGCCAAAAACUUCGCCGCCAUCACCAAGAUUGACCAGUCGAGUCGAGUGUUUCAAUUUUCAACAUACUCCUUCGACGUCAGCAUAUCAGACCACCUUGUUCCCCUCAUGCACGGCGCAUGUUUGUGUAUACCCUCCGCUACGCAGUCCCAGAAUUCUCUCGCGCAAUCCAUCAGAGACCUCGGGGCAAACUGGAUUGAUCUGACCCCUUCGGUCUCCCGGAUCCUGUCGUCGGCAGACCUUGCAGGGGUCACGACCCUCAAUCUAGGGGGCGAAGCCAUGAUGAAGAGUGAUGUUGAGAGAUGGGCGGACCUAUUGAGACUGGUCAAUUCGUAUGGCCCUUCCGAGUGCUCUGUCACCGCGUCAUCGCGAGUGAUGCGGCAAGCAUCGGAUUCACAGAAUAUAGGCUUCGUGACGGGCGGAGUGGGCUGGGUGGUAUAUCCUGACGACGAGAGUGAGCUGGUGCCCCUCGGAGCUAUUGGGGAACUCGUGAUAGAAGGCCCUAUUGUUGGGCGGGGGUACCUGGCGCAUGGGGAAGGGUUCACGGACAGUUUACCCUGGUUGCGAGAGCUGCGCCACGGGCCGAUGGUGCGCGCGUACAAGACGGGAGAUCUUGUGCAGCAGCUCUCCGAUGGCUCAUUCAGAUACGUUGGCCGUAAAGACACACAGGUCAAACUCCGUGGACAGCGCAUUGAACUGGGGGAGGUGGAGCAUCAUGUGAGCGAGGCUCUCGCGAAUAUCCAGAGUGCGGUUGCUGAGGUCGUCCAUCUACGGAAAGAUGACAGCUCACAGGCCAUCCUGGUGAUCUUCAUCCAAUGUCAAUGCGGAACGUUGGACGGGGGAAUCCGUCCUGAACAAGGGGACUGUGCCAUACUGCCGCCGUCGGCGUGCUUCCAACGGGACAUCAAGAAAGCAGUAGAGACCCUGAGGAAACGCCUCCCCGCUUACCUGGUCCCUUCUGUCUUCUUCGAAGUGAACUUCAUCCCUCUCUCCAGCUCGGGGAAGGUGGAUAGGAAGCUCUUAAGAGCGAUGGCUGCCAAUCUCGGGCCAGAUGGUCUACACAAAUAUCGUUGCAGGGAGGAAAGUGGAAAGGCAACCGCGACACUGCCAAAGAGCAGAAUAGCAAACAAGCUGCAGACAAUCUGCUCGGAGUUGCUCAAUACGCCUGUGGGGAGAGUGCCUCUGGACGAGAGCUUCAUUUCCCUCGGGGGAGACUCAAUCACAGCCAUGGUCCUUGUCGCCCGAUGCAAUCGCCAACAGAUUCAAGUAACUGUGCAGGAUAUUCUACACGCAACAUCUCUGCGCGAGCUUGCCUUCUCAGCCACGGAGAUUGAGGCUCCUCAACAGGACACUUUGGUGCAGGUAGGGGUGUCAUUUCCCCUCGCCCCGAUCCAGCAAUUGUUCUUUGAUAUACUUCCAGCGGGACACAACCACUACAACCAGAGCUUUCUCUUACAGAUUCAGAAGCCAGUCCGCGUGGAAGAUGUGGCCACCGCUAUACAGUCCCUUGUGGAACGACAUCCGAUGCUGCGGGCGAGAUUCUACCGCGAUGGUGGCGGUCGUUGGGCUCAGCUUGUCACCCAAGACGUCCAAGGCUCAUACCAUUUUUCCCACAUCCAUCUGGACCAGUUGGACGAAGCAUCGCAGCAUAUUGGUCGUAGUCAGAAAUCCCUUGAUAUCUGCCACGGGCCUCUGUUCAGCGCCAUUCUGUUCGAUGUUGGUCAUCAUACCCAGUAUCUCUUCCUGGUAGCCCACCAUCUCGUGGUCGACCUUGUUUCAUGGCGAAUGAUCUUUGCCGACGUGGAGAACUACCUGACUGGCAAAUCGCCCUCGCCAAUACCUAGCAUGCCGUUUGACAGAUGGUGCACGCUGCAAGACCAGUACAUUCGGGAAAACCUGAAAGAAGUUGAGCCAGUGGCAAACAACCCCGGAUCGUGCAAUCUGAUGGAGUACUGGGGUCUCGCCAACUGCUCCAACAAUUAUGCCGACACUGCCAGAGUUGAACUCUCAGUAGAUGUGGCGACGACGAGAUUACUCCUGGGCAAGGCGAAUGAGGCUCUCCGUACCAGGCCAGUCGAGAUCAUUCAAUCGGCGCUGCUGUUCUCGUUCAUGCAAGUCUUCUCGGACCGGGCACCACCUCUGAUCUACAGCGAAGGACAUGGCAGAGAGCCGUGGGAUAACACCGGACCGCCCAUCAAUAUUUCUCAGACAGUAGGUUGGUUCACGACCUUUUGGCCGACAGCUGCAUCAGCUCAGCGGGACCAUUCCUUCAUUGAGGUCUUGGAAAGAGUCAAAGACGCGCGGAGACAGAUGCCGAGAAAGGGUUGGUCGUUCUUUUCCUCGCGUGCAGGCCAGUUUACUCAAGAGCUGCCAAUGGAAAUUCUUUUCAACUACCAUGGAUCUUACCAGGAACUGGAGAGUGAGACGGCCGUGUUGCGCCAUGUCAACGAGAUCAGUUAUCGGUGGCAGGACGUGCGAGGCGACGCGCCGAGAACUGAGCUUUUUGAGGUCACUGGCUUUGUCGAUCAAAAGCGACUGAACAUUGAAAUUCUCUACAACAAUCAAAUGCCGCGGAGCCCAAUAGAAAAGUGGACUGCAGCAAUUGAAAGUUCCUUGCUCGAAGUCAGCCGGAUGCUGAUUUCCACGCCAGUCCGAUUCACAUUAAGCGACUUCUCGCUGCUGGAGACAGGAUACCAAGAGCUGGAAGAUCUGAUCACGAGCUUGAAUCUGGAGGACAUCACUAUGAUCGAGGACAUAUACCCCUGCCUGGGCUUGCAGAAGGAUAUACUGCUAAGCCAAGCGAAGAAUCCGACAGCGUAUGUUACGACAGCAACAUGGGAAUUCCGACACCAGCAGACCAUUGACAUCAGUCGUUUUGAACAAGCAUGGCUGGAAGUUGUACAGACAACGCCGGUGCUUCGUACUGUAUUUGCAGAAGACACGCGAGGGAAGCAAUGGGUGCAAGUUGUGCUGCGAAACAUGGCUGGUGCAGUAUCUGUCUUGCCUGAAACCGGCCGAUGCACGGCGAACAGUGCAGAGAUGAUGAUCAACCAGCACCGACAACCUCUAACUACAUCCAUGCCCUGGCAACUCCUUGUGGUGCCCACUGGAACUCACACACUUGUCUGCCACCUGGCUAUCAGCCACGCGUUGGUAGAUGGGCAUUCCAUGUUGCUUCUUCCUGACCAGCUGACGACUGCAUACACGGGCGGGCUUCUCCACAACCGCAGCAGCAUGGCGGACUUUUGGGCCGGAUAUAUUGAUGGUAGCAGUCCUUGUCUCUUCCCAGGCAGAGGAGACGGCGACGGCAUCAGAAGCACGAGCAAUGCAAACACCGUCGAAUUUGUGUUGGCAGACCCCGCGAUGCAGUCGUUAUGUGAACAAUAUCAAGUCACUCUCUUCAACCUUGUGCAAGUCGCCUGGGGCUUGGUCUUGCGAGCGUAUACCGGAUCCGAAGUGGUUCAAUUCGGGUUUUUGGUCUCCAGUCGAACUGAGUUGAUUGAGGGCUUCGAAGCAGCUGUCGGCCCAUAUAUCAACAUGCUACUCUGUCGAAUGGACCUAGCUUCUUCCAGGGAGAUCAAAGAUGUUCUUCAAGAAACCAGAGCGAGCACACUGCAAGCCUUGCGCUACCAGCAUACCUCGUUGGCGGAUCUUUGCAGCUCUCUCCAGGUCGAGAGACAUGAAUUGUUCAAUACUGGGAUAUCCUUUCAGCCCCAUGAGAAAACACAAGGAAGAGCAUCAAACCUCACAUGGGCUGUGGUGGGGGAGGAAGAUCCAACCGAUUUCGAUAUAUCCAUCAAUGUGAUAGGAGAUGCGGAUCAGCUCCGGGUUAAACUCUCGUACUAUUCCUCCUUUAUCUCUGACUCGCAGGCCAGUUCACUCGCCGCGACAUUUGAGAAGGUUCUUCAAACGGUGGCAAGAAGCCCUGGUCUUGCGAUCAAAAACACCGAAAUUCUGACCGAUAACGAGAUAGCACAACUGGAACAUUGGAAUGGAGUUCUUCCACGGGCGGAGGAGUGCUGUAUCCACGAGGUAAUUGCGAAGCAUUGCAGAGAUAGCCCCUUAGCCCCAGCCAUUGACGCAUGGGAUGGCCUGCUUUCCUAUGCUGCGCUGGACGAUUUUUCUUCGCGCCUCGCCAACGCGCUUGUUGCCCACAGCUGUCCCAUCAAAGAGACCAUAAUUCCUAUUCUCACUCAAAAGUCCAAAUGGACGGCAGUGGCCAUGGUGGCUAUCUUGCGUGCCGGUGCGACAUUUGUCCUGCUCGAUCCAUCAUACCCAUUCGCUAGGCUCCAGAUGAUCUGUCACAAGGUUAACGCUGCGGUGCUCGUGUCCUCGUCAGCAGAUUGCGCCCUAGCCACGCAGCUAUGCGAGACAGUGAUCAUUGUCGGCGACAGGGAGGUCCAAACCUGGCCUUGUACCCAUUUGCUCAACUCCAUGCGACCUACCCCCAAGACCGCCGCAUACGUGGUAUUCACGUCUGGAUCCACCGGUGAGCCCAAAGGUGUCAUCAUCGAACAUUCCGCCUUCUGCACCAGCGCGCGCGCGCAAAAAGAAACACUUUCCUUAGACACACAGAGCCGCGUGCUGCAAUUCGCGUCGUACGCAUUCGAUGUCAGCAUCGCCGACCACCUCACGACGUUAAUAGCAGGUGCAUGCAUCUGCGUGCCUUCGUCGGAAGAGGUAGCCAACGCCUUGAUGCCCAGCAUUGAGCGGUACCAAGUCAACUGGAUGGCAUUGACACCUUCUGUGGUCCGCACCCUCGACCCCAGUGAUGUACGGUUACGCACGCUCAAGACCCUAGUCAUCGGGGGAGAGCCAAUGUCCCGCCGGGACAUGAUGACUUGGAUGAGCGCCAAACCACAGCUGUCGCUAUACGUUGCGUAUGGACCGGCUGAGUGCUCUGUAAUGGUGACCUCGUCCAGGAUGAUGCGGGAUAUGUGUGUCGACUCGCGCAACAUUGGGCAUGCACCGACCGCCGCAUUGUGGAUUACCGAUCCUCACGACUAUACGAAACUGCAGCCUAUUGGAGCGGUGGGGGAGCUCCUGGUUGAAGGGCCGAUUCUGGGUCAGGGCUACCUGAAUGAUCCGCGGAGGACGUCAAUGUCCUUUGUACAAAGUCCCCCAUGGCUUUCUCGGUACCGGACGAGCGCCGCGGCUCCAAGUAGACUGUACAGAACAGGCGACUUGGUUCAAUACCAGUCCAAUGGCUCAGUCCGAUAUUGUGGCAGGAAAGACAACCAGAUCAAGUUGCGCGGGCAACGGAUUGAACCGGGUGAGGUCGAAGAGCAAACCUUGCGUGCGUUUGAUGACGCAGAGCUUGUGAUCGUUGACAUCGUGUUGCUAGGUGGCAAUGAUGGCGAUAGACAUGCCUCUUUGGUAGCCUUCGUCAGCUUCCAAGAUGACAUGGGGUGUAGCACCAGAGGGGAGGCGGCUUUCGCUGAGCCCACGCCCACGUUUCGUGACGCAGUCACAGCUGCCGUGACCAAACUGCGCUCACGGAUUCCCCGGUAUAUGAUCCCGGCAUAUUUCCUGCCUUUGCAGCGAGUACCGCUAACGAAGUCGGGAAAGUAUGAUCGUCAAGGGCUGCGAAGGCAGGCGGAAACCCUAACCCAGGAAGAUCUGACUGCGUACUUGAGGGCAGGGACCGCGUCCUCACAACUUCCAAGGACCAGACGCGAGCAACAGCUUCAGAAGCUUUAUGGGCUCGUUCUCAAAGUUGACAGGGAGAAAAUCGGGCUGAAUGAUGAUUUUUUCCAUCUAGGUGGCGAUUCAAUCAAGGCAAUGGAGCUGGUGGCUCAAGCACGGGCCGAGGGGCUCUCUCUGCAUGUCGCUGAGGUCUUCCAAAACCCUACGCUGGGCUCUCUGUCUGCUGUUACCACCUUGUCCAGUUCACCUUCAUCGAAAGCUCGUGCACUGGAGGCUGGAGAUUCACAGACCGUGACGCAGACAGCCGCAGCUGAGCCGCUUCACCUGCGACGUAUGUGGAUAAACAACCAGGAAUACGAGGUGGCCGACGUCACCCCUGCAACUGAAUGCCAGUCAAAUGAAGCCUGUGGUCCCAUGCCAUAUUUCGUUUUGGAGCUUCCGGAACAGAUUGAUGCAGUCAAGCUAGCCGAAGCCUGUACCUCGUGGAUGCAAGUUCAUCCCAUUCUGCGCACUGUCUUUGUCCAGUGGGGAGGCCAGAUUCUCCAAGUGGUGUUGCAAACCCCACCUGUCACGCUGCUUCCGGGCGAUACAUUGCCGGAUUCCGCGAAAGACCCUGUAUCGGUUGCUCUGUCAUGGUGCUAUCAGGACGUGUUGGCGAGGCCUCCCCUUGGUACCCCUUAUCUUGCCCUAAAGCUGGUGCGGGGCAUCGGCACAUCCCAUGCCCUGGCGCUUCGACUCAACCAUGCUCAGUAUGAUGGGAUCUGCUUUCCAAAGCUCAUACAAGAUCUACUUGACAUCUACCAAGGCCGAGAGAUUGAGAAGAUUCCCGAGUUCAGCGCAUACUCACGCUAUGCCACGCAGCAGGUUAUCCACAACCAGGAUGCUCUUCAAUUCUGGACGCAGCUACUGGACGGCGCAAGAAUGAACCCUGUGUACCGGCCUCCAGACCAGGAGAAGAGUCUUUGUGCAGACCACGCACUGCCCACUGCUACUACCACAGCGCGAGUUCUACACUCAACUCGGACCAUCGGUGUCCCGACACCCCCAGCUGGCAUCACAAUGGCCACUGUGAUCAAAGCGUCAUGGGCAUCAGUUCUCUGGAGAUUGCAGUUAACGGAGGAUGUCACCUUUGGUCAGAUAUCCAGCGGUCGCAGCACGGGCGUUCCCGGAUUGGAUCAGGUGGUUGGGCAUUGUCUCGUGGAAGUUCCUGUCCGUGUGCGCAUUGAUCCACGCGGGUGCGCGAUGGAUCUGUUCCAUCAAAUCCAGGUCCAGCAGAUUCAGUCUAUGCGGUAUGAGUUGCUCGGUCUGCGUCAGAUUGUGGAAAAGUGCACUUCUUGGCCCUGCGACAUCUACUUCGGGUCCUUGCUGCACCACAAGAGCAGGCCGGAUAAGAUGGAGUUCAGCUCUGGAGAUCUGACUUGUCGUGUUGUCGAGGAGGCCCCGGACGUUGUGUACAGAUAUCCCUUUGUUGCGGUGGAUUCGGUGGAGGACUGCGCCGGCAGCAUCUUGUUGGACCUUUGGGCGAAGAGUGAUGUCGCGACGCAAGCCUCUCUCGAUAGACUGAGUCGGGUAUUGGGCGUCACUAUCGCGCGGUUCUUGAGUGCGCCGGGGGAGGCUGUAGAGAACCUUACUGCUGGACUGGCAAAGUGA